AUGGAUCUUUCGUUCAUGGCUGCGCAGCUGCCGAUGAUGGGUGGUGCGUUCAUGGACACGUCUCCUGUGGACGACUGCAGCGCGGAGCACUCGCUCUUUAACUCCUCGGCCAGCGUGAACGCACUGCCUCCUGCAUCAUCAGCACCGGUCCAGCAGGAGGAGCCACAGCGUGUGUCCAGCGACGCCGUCUGGCUCUGGAUCGCCAUCUUCGCCACCAUCGGAAACAUCGUGGUGGUCGGAGUCGUCUAUGCUUUUACAUUCUGA